AUGAUGUUCCUGUCCAUCAAGUCUUUGACUCUUGCCACUUUGUUGGCCGUCCCAGGGUUCGCGUUUACUGGUGAUGUCACUUUCUACACUCCCGGUCUCGGAGCCUGUGGUCGUCUUAAUGGUGCCGGAGACCUCAUCGCUGCUGUUGCUGCUCCCAUAUACAACACGUUCCCCGGUGCGACAGCCAAUCCCAACCUUAAUCCGAUCUGUGGUAAAAAAGCCAAAGUCACGUACCAAGGCAAAUCCGUCACUGUGAACAUCGUCGACAAAUGUCCUGGUUGCGGUGCUACUGGAAUUGACCUUUCGCCUGCUGCGUUUGUUGUGCUUGCUCCGCAGAGUGUUGGGAGGCUUAAGGGUGCGACGUGGACCAUUCUCUAA